GCAUGUGAUGUGAUUAGUAUAGUACUCCAUUCUAGUGAAUAUUUAGCUGAAGAUUGAAGUGUAAAUCCGAAAAGUAUGCAAAUGCAAUCACAUAAUAUUGAAAUUUCUCCCAAACGCACCCCUCGUAGCGUAACUUAGCGCAGCAGUCACCACGCUCGAGGCGCACCCGAUCUCCACAACCUUUUUCAGUCGUCGCCGACAAUAACCUUCUCUCACGCCGCGUAGUUUAACCUUCUACCUGAACACGAAGAUGAUAAACACGCAGGAAACUGGAUCGGGGCCGCUGGUGCAAAGCCCUCGAUCCCCACCGUCACAGUCGCAGUAUAUCACCGUAUCCGUGCUCGAUCCAGCUAAGAUGGGCAAUGGAGUUCAGGCUUACAUCUCUUACAAAGUUAUCACGAAGACCAACUUCCCUGAAUAUGAUGGCCCUGAAAAAAUUGUUAUCCGAAGGUACAGUGAUUUUGUUUGGCUAAGAGAUCGCCUUUUUGAAAAGUACAAGGGUGUCUUUAUCCCUCCUGUUCCCGAGAAGAGCACUGUAGAGAAGUUCAGAUUCAGUGCUGAGUUCAUUGAGAUGAGGCGUAAAGCUUUGGAUGUGUUUGUAAACCGUGUAGCUUCGCAUCAGGAGCUUCAACAUAGUGAGGAUUUAAGAAUCUUUUUGACAGUUGAUGAGCAGACAAUGGAAAGAGCAAGAUCCCAGGAAACUGGCAUUUUCAAGAAAAAGCCAGCAGAUUUGAUGCAGAUUUUCAAGGAUGUACAGUCCAAAGUGAGUGAUGUUGUUCUCGGAAAAGAGAAACCGGUUGAAGAAUCAAGCCCUGAAUAUGAGAAGCUUAAGAAUUAUGUUUUUCAGCUCGAAGAUCACCUAGCUGAAGCGCAGAAGCAUGCUUACCGUCUUGUGAAGAGACACAGGGAGUUAGGACAAUCUUUAUCAGACUUUGGUAAGGCAGUGAAGCUACUAGGUGAAUGUGAAGGAAAUGCUCUCGGCAAGGCUUUUUCUGAGCUGGGUGCGAAAUCAGAGAUUUUGUCAGUUCUUCUGCAGAAAGAGGCUCAGAACCUCUUGAUGAAUUUUGAAGAACCUUUGAAAGAUUAUGUGCGUUCAGUGCAGUCUAUUAAGGCAACAAUAGCAGAAAGAGCAAUUGCAUUCAGGCAGCAUUGUGAACUGGCCGAAGCAAUUAAGUUUAAAGAAAUAGAUAUGAACAAACUCAGGUUAACCCGUUCAGACAAACUGUAUGAUGCGGAGCAUGAAUACGAAGAGCUAAAAGCUGAGGGUGCAGAAGCCUGGAGAAGGUUCGAGAAAAUUGUGAAGCUAAUGAAUGAAGAAAUCGUUCGAUUCCAAGAACAAAAGACGGUAGAUUUAGGUGUGGCUUUCCAUGAAUUUGCCCUAGGUCAGGCACAGCUGGCUAACAGUAUUGCCAGUGCUUGGCGCAGUCUUCUUCCAAAGCUCGAAGCUUGCUCCUCGUAGUGAAAUAAAGAAUUCUGAGGAGGAUGCAUGGGUGAGUCAUUCCCGGUUGUUACUGUACAGACCCAUAGCCAUUUUCGUCUCGACCCUAUUGUUUAGUCGCACUUCUCUUCUUGGUUAUAAUCUCUAAUCAUGUUAAGAUUUUUAACUGAAUUUUAUGUAAUUUCCAUUACUAGAUGAUCUGUCUUUUUACAGCUA